AGCUGCUUUUUGAUUGACGCGUAAGACUAGUCAUGGAGAAUGGUGUUCCCGCCGCCCCAUCUCUCUCUACCAUUCGUUCUUUCUCUCUCUAGAAAAAACCAUUUACAAGUUACACACAACACAACAAGGCUUUGGAAAAGUGGACUCUUUCUUACAUAUUAUAAAACCCACCAACCAAACAAGAAGCAUUAAGUCCUAAAGAAGAUUUGAAAAAAAGAGAGAGAGGAAUGGCCAAGGCCAAGAACAAUGCCAAGAAGUUGUCAUACAUCUCAGUUCCUUCUCAGAUCAUAAACUCCAUUUCAUCAUCUUCUCUACAAUCUCUGAUUGAAUCUCCCAAGAAGUGUGCUAGAAACUCCAAGUUCUUCUUCUUCUUCUUCAGCUUUGCCAAGUGCAGGAACCCAAGACUCUUCCUUUUUACUCUCUUUCUCCUUGCUUUUUUUUUCAUGCUCAAGUUUGGCUUCAAUCUGGAUGCCCCAUUUUCUCCCUACCCAUGUGCAAUCUCAAGCAACCAUUCAAGAUCAAAACUUUGGGUUGCUUCACAGAAGGGUGUGGCUUUGAAUGAUGCUGCUGUUACUGGGUUGCCACAGCCUCUGAUUCCUAAUGUGCAGUUACAAGCACAGGUUCCAAGUGGGGUGGUGGAUCAGGAAAAGGAUGAGGAAGUUGAGAAGAGUGAGUUUUGGAAGCAGCCAAAUGGGUUGGGGUAUAAGCCUUGCUUGGAUUUCAGCAGAGAGUAUAGGAGAGAGAGUGAAAUGGUUGUGAAGAACAGGAGAAAGUACCUCAUGGUGGUGGUUUCUGGAGGGAUGAAUCAGCAGAGGAAUCAGAUUGUUGAUGCUGUUGUCAUUGCUAGGAUUCUUGGGGCUGCUUUGGUUGUCCCCAUUUUGCAAGUCAACGUCAUUUGGGGAGAUGAAAGUGAGUUUGCUGAUAUAUUUGAUUUGGAGCACUUCAAAAGUGUUCUUGCCAAUGAUGUGCGAGUGGUUUCAGCAUUGCCUUCCACGCACCUGAUGACAAGACCAGUGGAGGGGAGCCCUCCCCUUCAUGUCACUCCUAGUUGGAUCCGAUCACGCUAUCUCAGAAGACUCAACAGAGAAGGUGUUUUACUUUUACGUGGACUGGAUUCAAGGCUGUCAAAGGAACUUCCUUCUGAUCUUCAGAAGCUUCGAUGCAAAGUUGCUUUUAGUGCAUUAAGGUUUGCAAAGCCAGUUCAGGAACUUGGUGACAAGAUUGCAGAGAGAAUGAAAAGCAAGGGACCCUAUCUUGCUCUUCAUCUACGGAUGGAAAAAGAUGUGUGGGUGAGGACUGGUUGUCUACCUGGUCUAAGUCCUGAAUAUGAUGAGAUUGUAAACAAUGAGAGGAUUCAAAGGCCAGAGCUCUUGACAGCAAGAUCAAACAUGACUUACCAUGAAAGGAAGCUGGCUGGCCUAUGCCCCUUGAAUGCUAUGGAGGUUACCAGGCUGCUUAAAGCUCUAGGAGCUCCGAAAAGUGCAAGAAUUUUUUGGGCUGGAGGACAACCACUGGGUGGGAAAGAGGCCUUGCAUCCAUUAAUCCAUGAUUUUCCACAUCUUUACGCCAAGGAAGAUCUUGCCUUGCUUGGAGAACUAGAACCCUUUGCAAAUAAAGCCUCGCUAAUGGCUGCCAUAGAUUACAUAGUCUCUGAGAAGAGUGAUGUUUUCAUGCCAUCUCAUGGAGGAAAUAUGGGCCAUGCAAUUCAGGGUCACCGGGCAUUUGCAGGGCACAAGAAAUAUAUAACCCCAAACAAAAGACAGAUGCUUCCCUAUUUUCUGAAUUCUUCCCUCCCUGAAGCAGACUUCAACAGGAUUAUCAAUGGAUUGCACCAGGAUUCAUUAGGUCAGCCAGAACUCAGGACUAGCAAGGUUGGGAGGGAUGUCACCAAGUAUCCUGUUCCUGAGUGCAUGUGCAAUGACUCACAUUAUCAUUCUUUCUAAUUGAAAAUUUAAUACCAAAGAUUUUGGUACGAAUUUUAAACGGUAAUUGGUUCGCAAACACGGAAGAAAGGGCUGGUUUUGGCCAUUUUGAUGGCUUGGGAAGUGCUUCAGGUCACAUUCAAGGAGACUACAGUUCUUAAGAGCACCAUUUUUGAAGAGCUAUAGUGUCAAGCAUGCCUCUCCCUACAGGUGUAUUCACAUUAUUUCUUGAACAUGCUUAAUAUGUAUACCAUUACUAUGGGAGGCAGUGUGGAAUUUCCAUCAGUAGAUGAUAUGCUAAGGCAAUGCAAAAUAGAUCAUUCUUUGAUUCUUUAUAUAGUUUGGGUUUGUAUAGGAUACACAUUACCCUUGUUACACUUAAUUCUUUGUAGUACACUAUGAAGCCUUGUAACUGUUGUACAUAUCUGUAUAAAUUCUCAGUAAUGUCAAGAUAUUUGCUCUUUCAC